UUUGGUACAUAACAAGUCAUAUAAUUAACCAUUUUCUUAUAGAAACAAUCACAAUAUGCCGAGCAAGUUAAAGAAGGCCAUCUCGGCCAUGAAGGACCAAACGAGCAUAAGUCUCGCCAAGGUAGGGGGAGCGGAUUCAUCGUCUCUUGAAGUCGCAAUUUUGAAAGCUACAACACACGACGAGGUACCAGUUGAGGAACGUUACGUGACAGAAAUCUUACGAAUUGUGUCCUCAAAUAGAUCCUAUGCGGGGUCAUGUGCACGAGCCAUAGGACGCCGCAUAGGAAGGACACGUAAUUGGAUCGUGGCAGUAAAGUCACUCAUAAUAAUUCUCCGCGUCUUUCAAGAUGGAGACCCACAUUUCCCUAAGGAGGUCAUGCAUGCCAUGAAACGAGGGUACAAAAUCCUUAAUCUCAACUCAUUUCGUGAUGACUCUUCUACUUCUUGUCCUUGGGAUUUUACGGCUUUUGUACGCACAUUCGCCCUUUACCUUGAUGAACGUCUCGAGUGCUUCGUCACAGGCAAGCUUCAACGGCGUAAAUCGUACCAUCAAUCUGACCGUAGCAAGGCUUAUUCGAGGAAAAAUGAGCCUAUUGUCCGUGACAUGAAGCCUAGUGUGUUGCUUGACAGGAUCCUCCAUUGGCAGAAGCUACUAGACCGUGCAAUCGCCACCCAACCCACCGGCGCAGCUCGAACCAACCAAGUGGUUCAAACCUGCCUCUACGCAAUAGUCCAGGAAACAUUCGACCUCUACCGCGACAUCUCCGAUGGUCUAGCCUUAUUGCUAGACAGUUUCUUCCAUUUACAAUACAAAAACUGUGUAAGCGCAUUCCAAACUUGUGUUAAAGCUUCAAAACAAUUCGGAGAACUUGCCUCAUUCUUCGAAUUAUGUAAGAGUAUAGGAGUUGGUAGAACCUCAGAGUACCCUAGUGUACAAAAAGUGUCGGAAGAACUUAUAGAAACCUUACAAGAAUUCCUUAAAGAUCAAUCAUCUUUCCCUGCAACUAACGGUAGACGUACAACUAAUGGGAGUGCAAGCCUACCUCCACUUAGCCCCAACUCGGAGUCUAGCUCGGUAAGACGGUCCGAGUAUAGUGGCUCUCAUGGUAUGUCACUCGAGGAUCUUAUAGGUGGGGAUGAUGGUUAUAGCCCUGAAAGGUAUUCAGACCCUGGUAGGGAGAAACCUUCACAACUAGAAGAGUACAAUAGUACAAAUGAUACUGUUUCUGUUAAAUCUGAUCCAGCUGAUCAUCGAGGAAUUAACUCGAUGUUGGAUCUUUUGUCAUUAGAUGAUCAAUCUUCCAUGCCUGAAUUUCAAGGGCAAAGCCAGCAUAUGGAGUCGAAUAUCGAAGGAAUAAGCUCGCCCUCUGGUUGGGAGUUGGUUUUAUUUGAAACAAAUGUAGAUCAACCAUCUACUGAAAGUAGUAAUCAUGUUAACCAUGAUAGUGUUGUUGCAAGUAACAAUAAUGGGUUCGAGUUGGAUUUGUUCAAAGAUUUUAAUAAUGCUCCUAGUACCUCAUCGUUUUCGCCUUUGCAUAAUGAGCAGAGUUAUUAUAACCCGUUUUUACAGGAUACGGUUGGUUUAAGUGGUCCUUUCAAUGCUGAAUUUGAUAAUACUGGUGGAAAUAACAUGGAUCAUUUCUCAACUGGUUUUCCUACUGAAUUAAGCAUAAACAGGACUAGUUCUGUUCCACUUAGUUUUAACGCCGAAUUUGGGAAUAAUAUCAGCAACAACAAUAACAAUUUUGAAGUUGAUCUGUUUGAUGACAUUGGUAGAAGCAGUAAUUUUAGUUCCAACACCAACAUAUCUGUUCUUCCUAAUGUUGGUUUUUGUGAACACAAUCGCAGUAUCUCAACAUCUUUUCUAGACGACUUCAAUCAUGCAAAUGUCAAUGUAUCAACAGCUCAUCAUGCGAGGUUCGCAAGUAGUGAUCUAAGUGCUUCGUUAGCCUUUUCGGAUGGUUCUAGCAAUAAUGCUUGUGCUAGUGAAUUUACAAAUCAUCAUGCUAGGUCCGGAAGUAAUUUAAGCAUGACUUCUUCAGCUUUUUCAAAUGAUUUUGAUAGUACUAGGGGUUAUACUAGCGAUGGAAUAGUACCGCCAACUUUUUCAGGGGAUGGUAAUGCAAAUGCGAUGAAUGCAAUUGUUCCAUUUGGUCAAGUGGGAAACGAUGAUUUAUUCUCUUCAGGUCCCAAGUUUCAAGCAACUCCAACGUUUCGUGCCACGAGUUUAGAUAUGGAUCAGCAUCAACAAAGUAGUUUAUGGAAUGAUAAUGAUCCAUUUGAGUCAUUUCCAACUACAUGGAAUGCUAAUGAUCAUCAGAAGAUGAGUGGGGUUUUAGAUCAGAAAAAUCUAUUGCAACAACAACAAUUGUGGUUGCAAAACCAGAAUAAGAUUAUAGCUAGACAUUUGACAUGA